CGGCAUAGUUGUUAUCAGUUUACUGCAGCAUAGGAAUGUAGAGAAUCGCUACGCAAAAUUGUUUGUGAGAAAAAAUUCGAAAUAAGUGAAAAUUUUAAACACGGAAACAUGUCCAAGAGUACGAAGAAACAGUUGCCUACACUCAACGCCAUGUUCACAUCAUACGCUAAAUUUCGCCCAGCUCUUAACACAUUCGAAGGAGACGGCGAACGGAUAUUGUUGUCCCAAAGCGAUGCGUGGAUGCAACAAGCAGGAUUGAUCGGAGUGAAAAAAUUCUUCACCCUCACCGAAACUGCCGUUAUAUUUUUCACCUUCGGAAAGUCCACGUUGGACUUCAAUGAGUAUCAACAGUUCUUGGAAAAGUUGUGUGACAGCAAAAAGCUAGGUCUGAAGGAGGUCUGUCACAGUUUGGUGAGUUGUGGUCCUCCGGGAGCAUACUCUUGACGAUUCAGCAGCCAAACGUUGAUUGCGUAUUUGGAUCAUAUCAUCGAUGAUUAGUAUUGGUCGAUGAACGGAAAAUCAAGAAGAAAUCUUAAGCAAUUCUAGCAAUACAUGUGUUGUACUGAUCUA